CUUUGACCGAAGGCCACCGUCAUCACCAUGGAUUUCGUCCUAAGCACCGCCGACGACCUCCUGCUCGACAAGGUCUGGGCGCACAUCCUCCCUCUCUACACAAACACCACUACCUUCGAGCAACAACAAUGGGAGCUACCAUUGACAUUUCCCCCAGCUUCAUCAUGGCCCCGCGACUACAUCCCCCGCCAAAUCAUCUCUCUCUCCGUGCUCACCCUCAUAGGUAUCUUCGCGCUCUACUUCAUCUUCGCGUGGCUCUCGUAUCGAUUCAUCUUCAAUCAUGACAUGAUGCGCCAUCCAAAAUUCCUGCCGAACCAAGUCCGGCUGGAAAUUAUGACCAGUGUCCGGGCGUUCCCUGUCAUGACUCUCCUCACCCUGCCAUGGUUCGAAGCUGAAGUCCUGGGGUACAGCAAGCUGUACGAUGGCCUCGAUACUUAUGGCUGGCCGUACCUGUUCGCUAGUAUCCCCUUAUUCCUCUUAUUCACUGAUUACUGCAUCUACUGGGUACAUCGAUGGCUGCACGUCCCCUUCAUCUACAAGGUCCUCCACAAACCCCACCACAAAUGGAUCAUCCCAUCCCCCUGGUCCUCACACGCCUUCCACCCCGUCGACGGCUACCUCCAAUCCGUCCCGUACCACCUCUUCACCGUCAUUAACGGUCCUGCCCACCACACCCUCCACCACAUAUACUUCACGGUAAACUACGGCCAGUACUUCACCUGGGCAGACAGGGUCGGCAAUUCUUACCGCCAGCCUGAAAAGAGCCUUGACCCUCUACUGGAGGUGCAGUUAAAAGGCAACAAAAAGGAGCAGUAACGACUUCUUACUAAUAUAUAGACUACUUAUUUCAUGAUACCAGGUCCAUCGCGGGGGUUAAUUACCUUGGAUGAAUCGUGUAUAUUUUCGAGCAAAAAAAAUUGGAAUAU